AGAAGCUACUGGGAACACAGAGGCGAAAGAGCCACCGAGUGUGCUUGGGAGCCCUGGAUUUGCACUCGUGAGCCGUCGGUGAAAAACGCCGGCCUCCCAUCUUACAGAUCUUCUGCAAAAGACUUCAGUUUAGGAAAGAAUUCGUAAAAGAUAGCCAGCCCUGAAAUGUCCUUCUCCUUGGAAUCUUACGAGAGGAUUUCUCAGAGCGAUGACAGAAUGGGGAUAUCAAAAGACAGAGGAGUCCAGCAGUAGCUGCAGCCGCAGCACCUGAGCCGCUGCUGCCGCUCGCUCGGAACAACACUAUGGCUGAGCCUGGCCACAGCCUCCAUCCCUCUGCCAGAGGCAGGGGAAGACCUGAGCCGCGCACACUCCGGCUUCUGCCGCUGCUGCUCUGGGUUGGGACCGCCUUCCAGGUGACUGAGGGAGCGGGACCGGAGCUUCACGCCUGCAAAGAGUCUGAGUACCACUAUGAGUACACCGCGUGUGACAGCACUGGUUCCAGGUGGAGGGUCGCCGUGCCACACACCCCAGGCCUGUGUACCAGCCUCCCCGACCCCGUCAAGGGCACCGAGUGCUCCUUUUCUUGCAAAGCCGGGGAGUUUCUGGACAUGAAGGACCAGUCGUGUAAGCCGUGUGCUGAGGGCCGCUACUCCCUUGGCACAGGCAUCCGGUUCGAUGAGUGGGAUGAACUGCCCCAUGGCUUUGCCAGCCUCUCAACCAACAUGGAGAUUGAGGACAGCACGUUGGAGUCCACCGAAAACUGUACUUCGUCCAAGUGGGUUCCUCUGGGAGACCAUAUCGCCUCCAACACAGACGAGUGCACGGCCACGCUGAUGUAUGCUGUCAACCUGAAGCAGUCUGGCACUGUUAACUUUGAAUACUACUACCCAGACUCCAGCAUCAUCUUUGAGUUUUUUGUUCAGAACGACCAGUGCCAGCCCAAUGCAGAUGACUCGAGGUGGAUGAAAACCACAGAGAAAGGAUGGGAAUUUCACAGUGUCGAGCUAAAUCGAGGCAAUAACGUCCUCUACUGGAGAACCACAGCCUUCUCAGUCUGGUCCAAAGUCUCCAAGCCCGUGCUGGUGAGAAACAUUGCCAUAACAGGGGUGGCCUACACUUCAGAAUGCUUCCCCUGCAAACCUGGCACGUACGCAGACCAGCAGGGCUCCUCUUCCUGCAAACUAUGCCCAGCCAACUUUUAUUCCAAUAAGGGAGAAACUUCCUGCCACCAGUGUGACCCUGACAAAUAUUCAGAGAAAGGAUCCUCCACCUGCAAACCACGGCCAGCCUGCACAGAUAAAGAUUACUUCUACACUCACACGGCCUGUGAUGACAAAGGAGAGACGCAGCUCAUGUACAAAUGGGCCCAGCCAAAAAUCUGCAGCGAGGAUCUGGAGGGCGCGGUGCAGCUGCCCGCCUCUGGCUUGAAGACCCGCUGCCCACCCUGCAACCCAGGCUUCUUCAAGACCAACAGCAGCAGCUGCGAGGCCUGCCCUUACGGCUCUUACUCCAACGGCUCCGAUUGUAGCCACUGCCCAGCAGGGACCGAACCUGCCGUGGGAUUUGAAUACAAAUGGUGGAACACGCUGCCCACGAACAUGGAGACGACCGUCCUCAGCGGGAUCAACUUUGAGUACAAGGGCAUGACAGGCUGGGAGGUGGCGGGUGAUCACAUUUAUUCAGCUGUUGGAGCUUCAGACAAUGACUUCAUGAUCCUCACCCUGGUCGUGCCAGGAUUCAGACCUCCACAGUCAGUGAUGGCAGACACAGAGAACAAAGAGGUGGCCAGAAUCACGUUUGUCUUUGAGACCAUCUGUUCUGUGAACUGUGAGCUCUACUUCAUGGUGGGUGUGAAUUCUAGGACCAACAGUCCCGUGGAGACGUGGAAAGGUUCCAAAGGCAAACAGUCCUAUACCUACAUCAUUGAGGAGAACGCUACCAUGAGCUUCACCUGGGCCUUCCAGAGGACGACUUUCCAUGAGACAGGUAGAAAGUAUACCAAUGAUGUCGCCAAGAUCUACUCCAUCAAUGUCACCAAUGUCAUGGACGGGGUGGCUUCCUACUGCCGUCCGUGUGCCCUGGAAGCCUCUGACAUGGGCUCCUCCUGCACCUCUUGUCCUGCUGGCUACUAUAUUGAUCGGGAUUCAGGAACCUGCCACUCCUGUCCCCCUAACACGAUCCUGAAAGCCCACCAGCCUUAUGGUGCCCAGGCCUGCAUGCCCUGUGGUCCAGGGACCAAGAGCAACAAGAUCCACUCCCUGUGCUACAGUGACUGUACCUUCUCGGUCAGCACUUCGACCAGGACUUUCGAGUACAACUUCUUGGCUUUGGAAAACACCAUCUCUCUGGCUGGAGGGCCAAGCUUCACUUCCAAAGGGCUGAAAUACUUCCACCACUUUACCCUCAGUCUCUGCGGAAAUCAGGGUAAGAAAAUGUCCGUGUGCACUGACAAUGUCACCGACCUCCGGAUCCCCGAGGGUGAGUCAGGUUUCUCCAAACCCAUCACAGCCUACGUGUGCCAGGCAGUCAUCAUUCCCCCAGAGGUGACAGGCUACAAGGCCGGGGUGUCCUCGCAGCCUGUCAGCCUCGCAGACCGGCUUAUCGGGGUGACAACAGAUAUGACUCUGGAUGGCAUCACCUCCCCAGCUGAACUUUUCCACCCGGAGUCCCUGGGAAUACCGGACGUGAUCUUCUUUUAUAGGUCCAAUGAUGUGACCCAGUCGUGCAGCUCUGGGAGAUCCACCACCAUCCGAGUCAGAUGCAGUCCAUUCAAGCCUGUUCCUGGGAGUCUGUCACUGCCAAGUACGUGCUCCGAUGGGACCUGUGAUGGCUGUAACUUCCACUUCCUGUGGGAGAGCGUGGCCGCUUGCCCCCUCUGCUCAACUGCCGACUACCAUGCUAUCGUCAGCAGCUGCGUGGCCGGCAUCCAGAAGACUACUUACGUGUGGCGAGAACCAAAGCUGUGCUCCGGUGGCAUCUCCCUGCCUGAGCAGAGAGUCACCAUCUGCAAAACGAUAGACUUCUGGCUGAAAGUGGGCAUCUCUGCAGGCACCUGCACUGCCAUCCUGCUCACCGUCUUGACCUGUUACUUUUGGAAAAAGAAUCAAAAGCUAGAGUACAAGUACUCCAAGCUUGUGAUGAAUGCUACCCUCAAGGACUGUGACCUGCCAGCUGCUGACAGCUGUGCCAUCAUGGAAGGCGAGGAUGUGGAGGAUGACCUCAUCUUUACCAGCAAAAAGUCACUCUUUGGGAAAAUCAGAUCACUUACCUCCAAGAGGACUCCUGAUGGGUUUGACUCGGUGCCACUGAAGACAUCCUCAGGAGGCCCAGACAUGGACCUGUGAGGGACACUGCCCUGCCUCACCUGCCUCCUCACCUGGGCACAUCACCUUGCAAGCCUGUGGCAAUGUGGGUGCCACCUUCCUGCAACACCCACUGCUGGAAAUCUCUUCGUUGUGGCCUUAUCAGAAGAAGUUUGAAUUCCAGAUCUUUGUUUUCUUUUUAUAGAGUACCCAAACCUUCCUUUCUGCUUGCCUCAAACCUGCCAAAUAUACCCACACUUUGUUUAUAUAUCACUCCCUCGCUUGCAUCUUGUUUCCCAAAAUGGACCAGCCGUCAGAGCCAUA